GGUUAUGGUGCAAAAAUAGAAAACACGUGAGAUAUAUAUAAAUAUGAAUGAAUACUAGAUAUAAUGAAUUUGAACACUAUUUGUCACCAGUAGAGACUAUGGAAGGUGUGAGGUGUUUUGUGGAGUGUUUGGCAGAUUUUGGUGACUUGCUUUCUGCUAAAGUGAUGUGUCAUGGCACAGAUGUCAUUUUAAGCACCAGGACUGAGAACAUCUUUGUUUUUUGUGUUCAAGAGAGAAGAGUUAAGACUGUCCUGCAGUUUGAGUCUCCAGUCACAUCCCUGGCGUUAAGUGCUGAUCAGUGCAGUCUCUGUGCUCUCUGUGACAAUAAUCUCCUUUACUCUACCACCGUCUCUCCUCAACCCAGCUCCUUUUCUGCGGAACAGGGUGAUGACCCCGUUUUGUCUGUAGUGUCCAAGGACUCUGUUCUUGUGAAAGAUGGCAAUAUACGCUCUAUCGCGGUUGCAGAGGACAUUCUCAUUACUGUCAGUCUAAAAGAGUCUUUCUGGACUUUUCACUUCUGUGAAUUGCCUCGUUGUUUAACCAGCUGCACAGGAUUUCAGACUCCUGCAGGAUUUCAGGUCCCAGCUGUAACAGGAUUUCCUCACGAUGAUGUGGAUUUGCAGGAUAGGAUGAGCUUAGCUCCAACGUUGACCUGUUUCUACCCCAACUCCUCACCCAAAGGAUGUGCAUGUAAACACCACCCUCGUCUCGAUCCGCUCCUUUUCAGGCUCUUAUUUGGAGUUGAUGCAUCUCUUAUCAAUUCUCCCAUCAUUCUUUGCGGUUUACCCGAUGGGCGUCUUGUUUUUUUCCCACUAUUCUUACCUGCACUAACCGGCUCAAGGGGACAACAAAAGGCACCAACCAGGAUAUUCUACAGCUUAGAGCAACCAGUAGUAUUUAUUGGAGCAUCUGUUGUUGGGGAUCAAGGUCCACGGUGCCUUGUUGUGAUUGGUCAGAAUGGUAGAAUCCUGCUGAUCACCACCAACCAAAGAAGAUCUGAUGGAAAGACCGCAGACUGCAGGUUCAUUGAGCACAUGGUCCAGGGGCCUGUGGUGUGUGCCUGUGUAGAUGGUGAACAUUUGUACUACAGCACUGGUACAAACCUGUACUACUUGUCUCUGAGUAAGAUCUUAAUAGCUUCAUCAUCUUCAUCAUCAUCUGUGACCACAGUAUCAGAGGGAGACAGCACAAGACCAGUCAGAACGGUCUGUCUGAAUGUCUGCAGAGUAAUCGCACUAACUGAGCCUUCCAUCAGUCCUGCAGGCUGUGUGCAGCUACUGGCUGUGUCUCUCAGUGGAAGACUUCUUAAAGUGACUCUCCCUCAGGACUCGGAUAAAGCCAAAGUGUCCAGACUGACUUCAUCACAUGCAGGGCAGAAAAUCAAAGACCUGUUGGCUGGUAUUGGAAAUGUCUGGGAGAGAACAACAGCUGUGAAGCAACAGCUGGAAUUGAAGAAUAAUACCCUCAAGCGUUUGAACCAUGUACUCAACAUUUGCCACUUGCUUCUAAACUCUCAGAAGAAAACCCAAGAGGUGUGCGAUCUCCAACCAUCGAUCUGCUGUCAGGUGGCAGCCAAAUGGAGUACGCUACUUCAGAAAGACUCUUUGGUUGUCACUUGCACAUUGGAAAACCAUAGUUCUUAUGCCUUAGACCAAGGAUGGACACUUUGCCUUCAAGUGCAGUCAAGUCUUUCUGUCAGCGCAGGGGGCUCGUCUAGAUCCUACUCGUUUGCUUUGACAAAAUUAGACUGCGGUCAAAAAGCUGAAGUGACGUUACCUCUGGAGAGUGAGUGUGACUUGUUUCUCCCGGUCCAAAUCCAUUGCUCGCUUGUGUACAAUUUACAGUCUUUACUUAACCCGGAGGAGUACAGACAUCUCUCAACUAAUGACACCUCGCUAUCACAGCUUCUCACACACACAAGCUGUAUCUGUCUGGCUCUGAACACGUUAACACUAGACUGGUUAGAUGCCUUACAGAUCGGAGAGCCGACCCCAAACAGUGAUAAUAUUCCCAAACAAAUCAGCGCUUGGGAAUCCAUCAACAUACUUCUGAACUCCAGACAAAUUCACACAACGGAGCCGGCACUGCCGAAGACCUCACCUCAUACCGUAGCAGUCCACAUAUCCUCAGAGCUCCUGAGGAACCGGCUCAGCUUACCAGACUGUAACGCUGCACUUCUGUGCAUCUCUGUGCUCAAAUGGUUGCUGUGUGGAUCUUCUAAAUCAGAGGGAGAAGUGGUUGUGCAGAAUCCAGUUGUGUGUGCCAGAGGGCCGGACAGACACGCAGUCAGGCUACUGACCAAAGAGGUCAUAUUGAGAGACUUUCGCUCUGAUGGACCCCUGUCUGUUGUGGAGGUUCGGGUAGAAAGUGUGUCCAUGUCUGCAGUGUGUGGAUUACAUCAUGCUGUCCUGCGGCGGGUUCAGGCCCUUCUGAACGAUUCCUCUGCGAAACCCGAGAAGUCUGCCGAGCUCAGAGGACAGUACCUGUGUGAUGCUGUUCGGCACAUGGAGAGUCUUUAUAAGGACCUGCAGGACUUGCGUGACCCAGCUGGUGGAGUUUUGAAGACAAGCAUGUCGGAGUCAUUGUUUCGCCUCUAUCUGCAACUCCGAGAGAAGCCAAUGGUCAUUGUGUAAAUGCACACAUUAGGUCAUAUUAUAAACAUCAGGGAGCAAUAUAAGUAAGCAAUUAUAUACAGGGGCUUCACAUUUUGGAAAAAAGUGUCAAUAUUCGGGUUUUUUAGAUAGAUUUAUUCAGUCCAUGGCACU